AGCAGUCGAAAGUAAUUAAUGUUCGAUCGUCAACGUUCUCAAAUCUUGUCUGUACUUUCUUCUCCAUCUUCCCUUAUCCCCAAUAUUCCAUUAGCUUCAUCCAGUGAAGACACGUCAUGGAGGAAUCAUGGGAACACUGGCCUCUUCAUUCGGAAUUGGGUGAUGUAGAGGUUUUGCUAGGGCAAUAUUGUCAUCAAACUAGUGCUGAUGAUGAAGAAGAGUUCUUGAGAGACAUAAUCCUUCAGCAACCUGUUACAUAUUCUGGAAGUAUAUCAUCCUCUAAUGAGAUGGAUGGCUCAGAUUGCUCAAAGAAAAAGCUUCAUCCUUCAUCAUCACCGUUCACUCCAAGGACAUUCAUUCUCUCUUUUGAUAAAUCUACCAUAAUACCAGCUACUACUACACCAGAAUCAGAAGAAGUGUCAAUACCAAAGAGUAGAAGUAAUAAUAAUAAGAGGAGUUUGGAACCAAAAGCAAAAGCUAGUAACCAAACUGGAAAGAAGAGUAGAAGUGGUUCUCAGUAUCUGGAUCACAUUAUGGCUGAGAGAAAAAGGAGACUAGAAUUAUCACAGAAGUUCAUUGCACUUUCAGCUACUAUUCCUGGCUUAAAGAAGAUGGACAAGAACUAUAUACUUGGUGAAGCAAUCAGUUAUGUGAAACUACUUCAAGAACGUGUGAAGGAGCUAGAGGAUCAAAACAAGAAUAGCAAAGAAUCAACAAUAAUUCUCAAGAAAACUGAUAUGUGUGUAAGUGAAGAUACCACCUCAAACUCUGAUCAGGAUUGCUGCAAAUCACCACUCUUUGAUGUUAAAGCAAGAAUAAUGGAAAAUGAGGUACUCAUUCAGAUGCACUGUGAGAAGGAAAAUGACAUUGAGAUCAAAAUAUAUAACGUGCUAGAAAAUCUUGAUCUCUUUGUCACUGCUAGCAGUGUAUUGGCUUUUGGGACUUCAACUCUUGGCUUUACUAUUGUCGCUCAGAUGGGUGAAGGGUACAAAACGACGGUGAAUGAUUUGGUGAAAACUCUAUGGCAAGUGCUGAAUAGCAAAACUGACCCGUUCUAGUGUAUCAAGCAAGCUGUUUGGGGUACCAAUCAACCAAAUUAUAAAUGAUUUAUUUGAAGCAAUAUCAUCUUUAUUGUAAUUUGUAAAUCGAGAAAAGUACUUGUAUUUAUUUAAUCAUUUUGAAGACUGGUAUACAUUUUUGUAAAAGGAAGGGCUUAUAUCAGUAUUCAUUACAAAAUCAUCGUUGCAAUUAUUUUA